AUGAUCAUCGCAAAGCUCGACUCCGGACUACUUGAAGUGGUCUCCGGCAUCCUCCCAGCCGUGAUUCUCGAAUACAUCGGCAAUUCCUCUCUCUACUCGGCCAUUGCAGUCAAGCCCGCCUCUUGGCUUCUUCUCAGCAUCACUCUCCAGAACUCGACGAUUUUCAAGGAAGCCUUCUGCCACAUCGCCGCACUGUAUCCCGCGUGGCCAUGGACGGACAAGCCACAGACAGAUCUCCCCAAAGACCUGCUCUCCGCCAUCAAGUCCAAAGCUCGCGAGCUCGAGCACAUGCGCAUCAGCGUAGACAGGCAGCUUUCCAUGCUGACUCUCCAAGCGCCGUACCUCGACGCGCAAAACAGGCCCAUGCUACCCAUCAGCGAAAUCAAUCAUCCGUACAAGUACGACGUAGUCAACUUCUGGUGGCACUGGGUGGCGCGACAUCUGAAUCACCUCGACUCCACCGAGCCAAUCCAAGCCGCAGCAGCACACAAAGCGAGCGACUUCUGCAACCACAUCAACACUUCUUGCCUCAGUAGAGCAAGCUUCUACCGCGCACUCGCCAAAGGCGGCGACACAUAUCUUCCUUUCAACGAGCUUGUCCGCAAGUUCAAAGUGGCAGGACGCUAUCUCAUCGGAGCGGACGAAGAGGAGAUGCGCAGUGCGCUUGUGGAGUUGAAAGGCGCUGCUGCGGGGAUUGUGGCGCCGCUGGUGCAGUCGUCUUUGCAGCUGAAGGGGAGCGGGGAGUUGGGGUAUUUGAGUUGUGUUGCGGUUGGGGAGGAGGAGAUGGUGUGGAAGAAGGAGGAGACGGAGGAGGAGGAUGGAGAGGGAGGGAUGGAGCUUUGA